CUCUCUCCGGCCGGUUCUUUCUCUCCCGGAGCGCGCAUCCGAGAGCGCGGCCCACAUGCGCGCCCGGCUCGUGCACGUGCAAGAGUGAGAUCGGUCGCGCGCGCGCGAGCCUUUAUAUACGGGCGCGCCGUCGUGCGUGCGCGGAAGCGCGCAUCUGUGCGAGUGCGCAGCCCGCAUUGCGCGCGGCGAGCACGUCGCGCGAGUACAUGGAUUCUCGGAUAUCGCCAAUUGGCGCGGCCGUAUCUCCCUUAAUUAGCGAUGCGCUUCUUUCCCCGUGUUACUUAACCCCUAACUAAAUGCAACCUCCGCAGUGCCGCGAGGACGUGUGCGUGCGCACCGCGAGACGCGCCCACGACGCCGGGGAGUGACUUUAAUCGUGACUUUUGAUGGGCCAGUUGAUCGUGACUUUUCCGUGUCAGUGAUACCCGUCCGUUUCCUUGUAGGUACAUCCUCGCCGUGCUUCUGCGAAUCGCGGGUGAACGACCGAGUAAAGUGUAAAAGAGGUGGAGGGAAGAUGGGAGUUAAUUCGGGUUUAGGACUUUUUAAAGGUCUUUCUUUCCCUGGCAAUGGCUUGUGACGAGGGUCUAGGGGGUAUCGAGGGGGCUACCUAACGUUCGCUUCUAUCGAAGGUUUUCCUUUCGUUAAUUAUCACGCUUCCGUGCUAUAUUCUCGUCGGGUUGCUCGUAAGUGCUCUUUUAACUCCGCGACUUGCGCGCCAGUUUCGGAAUACGCGAAAGACGCGACAGCAAGUAUGUUUUUAGGGACGCGUGCAUCGACCGGUCUCGGUUCCAUAUGUAUGACGGUUCCGCCGUGUCGCGUAAAAUGGGACACCAUGUAUAAUGCAACGAUCUCGCAUUUUAUCACGGUAAACGAUCGUUUCCACGUGUAAUCGUUGGCUUCGCGAGUGCGUCCGCGCAGGCGCCGACGUAUCCCGGCGGAAACGCCUACAUGUGGAAACCAUCGGGCAGGAUUACACCUUAUUGUCGGCGCAAUAUUUCAGGCGUUGAUUGAUCUACAGAUAUUCCGUGACGCGUACUCGAUUUAAGCCUUCGACGCCCGGCGUCUUUGCGCAACAUGUUUCCCAAGAACAAACGAUAUCAGGGAGAAAGUGUCGCCGUAAGAAUGAAAUUGGACAUUUUCUUAAGAUAAUUGCAGUCCUCCGAGAUAAUGAAUUUUUUAUUUUCCUCGACGUCUUUGUAAACAUGUUUAUCCAUGUCUCGCGUCAAUAGCUGGUCGAUUGCAUAGCUCGUCGAUGAUCCGUUUAACGUCGUCCCAUUAUGCCGGCUUGAAAGCUGCAGUUACUCCGCAAGUACCUCCUCAAGACUCCGUGGCUCCGUGAAUACUUAUUUAUGUCCUCGUACUCGCGCAGGAGAAAAUAAUAAGUCAAGGAAUGCCGCAAAAAUAGAACCGCGAGAAUUUUGCUGACCACGUCAGUGCCGGUUUUCGCGCUUCUCCGUCGGCUUUUUGUACCGCGCAUUUUCCCGAGUACGGGUGCAAACGGAUAUACGGCAGUAACGUGCAUUUAAGAGAGAAUACUUUUUAAAUACCGGAUGGAAAUGGAAUUUUUUUAACGGUACAAUUUCUCUAGAAACGUCAACGCGCGUUAUGAUUAUUUAGAAAAUGUUGGUACGAGGAGAGUUCGGUGCGCACGUGGUCGUGCCGGGGCAUUAAAAGACUCUUUGAAAGUUCUUGCGAGGUCGUUCCUCUUCUAUAUAAAGGCAUAUCGUGGAUUACACUGAGGAGAGUACGUAACGUACAUGUACACGCGACAGGGGAAUAUUGCCGAUAUCUCUCGUAAACUGGACAUAUCGGCGAUUUCACAUACAACUACCAGCUGGUUAUGCGAAUUGCCGACAAUCAGCCGGUCAAGCUGGUUUUAUUCGGUGUUUACGAGCACAGAGGAAUCUCGCGAUGCGAUAGCGCGAAUCCUGAGAGGCUGCGAAUUUAAAUUCACCAUAAUGGAUAUUAACUACCGGGCAUAGUUAAUUGCAAAUAUUAAGAUCCCAAAGGAUAUCAAAUUGUGAUAGGAAAAUUUCAUGGCACCUUAGCUGUUUCUAUAAAGAGAUAAAAAAAUACGCACUUUGAAAACACAGUAUUCGCUCCGUAAUGGGAUCGAUUAAUCAUUCGAAUCGGUUUCGAAAGUGCCGCUUCAGUCCAAGAUUUAUAAGAAUCUUUCUUUCACGUGUACUCGGCACAGCAAUGCUCUGACCAGAGAAAAUCGAUAUUCCUUUAAUUGAAGAAAUAAAUGAAAUUCAGCUCCGAUUUAUACUACGUGACAAGACCUAUUUACCACCGGUGUCAGAUUAACAGAUCUGGCGCAAUGCUGGGCGACAAUUUUUUCAACAUUAAAUCGGCUUCCGAGGACCGUGUCGGUCAUUCGGAAAAAACUCUGGGAAAUUUCAAUGAGAAUUAAAAAGCAUUAGACGUGCAGGGUAAUCCCUCGCGGCAUAAUUAUUUCCGGCUCGAAGCGAUCCCCGUUUCUUUGGCCUGCCUACAACGUUGGCGUCAUUUCCGGUCGAUGGACGAGUCGAGAUGAACCUGACCGGAAGUCGAGAAGCGCAGCUUCGAGCUGCAUAGCCGAUGGGCAUUUUCGAGCAUUCGGAGGCCGACUUAAUGCCUUUACAGCCGUCGAUAGAUUCGACCGCUCGGGCACGAUUGACUCAUUACUCGUUGCAAUUUCAUCGCUCGAACGCUCCGAGUGACGUAAUUCCUAUUACGAGCGGAAUCGAGGGGGAUUGAGCCAAAAAGUAGAUCAUGAGUCUCAAAUGUCCGCGGUCCGACGUGAUAAUAAUUGGUGUAAGGUCAUUUAAUUGCUUCAAUUGCGAUGGGGCAGUCCAUCGAGUUAAGUAGAAAUAAAACUCCAUCAACGAUCCGGCGUAUCGUGCCGAUAAUUUCACUUCCUGUACCUUAGAGACCGUUAAGGCAAUGAAACCGGCGAAGCGUAAUAUUUUCGUGCAAUAUAAUAAGCAUUUCGAUGUAUCUUGGUACUUGAAUGAAUUCCAAGUUAGAAGAUCAGUUAAUGUAUUUACAGUUUCGGAUAUGAAAUUCCGCGAUAUUUUGACGCGUGCCCUGACACGUCAUACUAGACGUAACGUUACUCAGAAUUAUCGGAUGACUCGAGUCAUACAAUGCCUUAGAGAUAACCCGUAAAUGGCUCAUUUUGAACCGGGAUAGAAAAUCUCGGAUGACCGGUAGCUAUGACUAAACUGCAGUUAAAGAUAAACUCGCGCUGGCUUACAGUGCCAAGUAAAAAAAAAAAAUUGGCAUGAUCAAAAUACUGUACCGAGUAAUAACCACUCGACAUAAGAAUGGUUUAACCGUGAAUUCUCACAAAACUGCGCGUAUCUCGAGAAACUCUGUUAAUUGUUCCUUGAUAAUUCAUCGGCAUGAUUCAGUUGUACCGCCACUUCCUUAAAGUAAAAUCUGCAGGCAAAUACCACCCCUUGAGUGACUCACUUUGUAUAAUUUUAAAGACGCUUUAAGAAUAGGCACAGCGGUAUGGUACGGAGUAAAAAAAAUAUGCACGUAUAAACUAUUUCAGUCGGCUGAUUUCAGAUGGGGGGAGGUUAAAGUUAGAACUCAUUAAACAACUAUGCGAAACAACUCCGACCACCUCUUUCACGUCGAACGCGUUAAUCCGCGGUAUCCUCGAUACACCUUAAAAAAUGACUUACUACUUAGCCUACCACCAGCCCCAAUUAAAGAAAACUGCUAUAUGCCGAAAAUGCAUUCCGCAAUUUUCCCUAUUUCAUACCUGGGGUAUAAUUCUUGAGAAUAAGGGACAGAAUAAAUAAAUGAAUUCUGCGUUUCGCUUAUUUGUAUUCGGUUUAUCGGUGCGAUGGAUAAACGUUGCACCUUUGGCCGUCUCUUUAUCGCAGCAUACUCUUUCAGCGUUAAUCUGGCCGAGGGCUCUCGGCUCGUCGGAAGUGCACGCGCGAAGUACUCCUUCUCUAGGUGCUCGGAAAGCUCGCCACGUAGGUGCGUGAGACUUUUAUGAAUGGUGCGUCGCAAAGCUCGCGGACGAGUCAAGGGAGUGCAUCGAGUUGCAGCGGAAGAGGCAGAAGCGCUCGCUUACGGCGCACAUUACGGUGCAGGUAACAUUCGCCCACCGAGACAUCCCAGAGACGUAGAUUGAAUUAACCGCGGUCAACAGGGACUCGAUGUGAGCCAGACUGUGAAGUGCCGCACCGUGUGAAACCAGCUAGUGAAACCAUCUAGUGAAACCAUCGGACGAGGGGGAUAAAUUUGAUCGGAGUGCAAGUUACGGGGCGGAUCCGAUCAAUGAAGCUGAAGAGUAAACGGCUGAUGACCGCCCGUACCCAAGAAAGGGUUUGAGUCAACCUCUCAUGGGUCUAGAAUAAAUUGCAACCAGCGUAAGGACUGGUAGGAUUAUCCAAAGGAUAUUUUCGCCUAAGGUGCGACCCUAGAUGUUCAUCGGACAUUUAGACCCCGGCACGGCGGGAACCGAAAGUACCGCAUCCAAGGUAUACUUAUACACGCGGUAAUCAAAAGUGCGGAACUAAUCAAAACCGAGCGAAGCGUGCCGUACUCCAUCUCCGGUGGAGUCGAACGGCGGCCAAUUGCGCGUCUCUCGCGAUCAGUAGCCGGGAUCGUAUCAAUGUCGCGAGGAGACGUAAAUCGGAUGUGCGGCUAGCCGAUCGAAGACGGGAUAUCGCGAGCUGGGAAGGUUCUUUGAAUAUUUUUUGUGCGUCUCGAGUGGUCGAUCGGAGGCGGCGUGUGCAUCGAGUCGCGAUCAAAAGUGCUGCUCGAGAGCGCACGGCGCUUCGUCGUCGAAGUUGAACGAGCGAUUGGCAGUAUUUGGUGACAAUCGAUGUCGCAACGGGACGCAACGUCGGGCUCGAGGCUCGAGUAGGAAGAAGCUGCCGGGUCGGGGACUCGGAUAAGGCGAAAGAGCGAAUCCGAGGAGGCAGCAGCGGCUAGUAUGCCGCUGUGAUAAGAAGGGCGCAUCCAACAGCGGCAAAUGAUGCUAGUGCUCUUGCUGUGCGUCAUCAUGAAGAUUGCAGAGUUCUCCGUGGGGCGCACCGUCAGUGCACCCUUGCAGGUCCCCGUCAGGCCCUCCGAAAAUGGGAACCGGAAGCGACAGGGCCGACAUCGCGGCCGCAAAUCGGUCGACAAGUCCGCGCGAUUUCCCCGAAAACGUGCCGGUGGGGGAGCUGCAGUAAUGGAAGAUCCACAAACCCCUGGUUCUGAUUGCAAUUCGAAUCCUGCAACGGAUUCCAUCACUCAGGACCUGGUUAAUUCAGAGUUCAUUCAGGAUAAUUCUGAAUACCAGUGGUUUGUUGACUACAGUUACAGAGAUGGAGCGCUACCGGUUCACCCCAGUGUGCUCACUUCGCUAUCUGCAUCAUAUACCCAAGAUGAUCUGGGGUACUAUGAUGAUCUCGUUCGAAAUUUGGAUGCUAAUUUGGCAGAAGUCGACAUGGAAAGUUUUCGGACUGCAGAUAUUCAUACUCUCUUUACUGCUCUACCUGUCAUGUGCACUGAUCCAGUCCAGCACUCGGAGUCUAACUAUCAAAGGGAAAGGUAUGCCAGUAUUACUGGUUCUGUCAUGGAAAAGCUUGACUUUGGCUCUUCGAUCAGUCCUCAUAGCAGCAGCCAGGGAGAAGACUCGGCUUGUUCUACCACAGAUACGAUAUCCAUAUGCAAGUCUUCUUUAUUAUUCUCCCCCGUAAAGGAGACACCUGUAUUGCCUCCAGGGGGCAGUUACAGUGUCGACUCCCUGGACUGCGAAGACAUGUUACUUACGUGCCAAGCGAACAAUAAAAAUAAUUAUACUAUCGCUUUUGAAGGCAGCAUUGCAAUGUAUUCCGAUGGUUUUCAAGAUUCCGAUACCCAAGAAAAACAAAAAUUAUAUGAUUCUCCAGAUCCCUACUACGACGAAAAGUUGGAUUUAAAAAAUAUCUUGGACUUAUCGAUGGCAUGUUCCGACUCUAAAAUUUACACAACCUGGAGUAACUUGAAACGGUCAUCCAUGAAUAAUGCAAUGACACGGCAUCCUUCUGGUAAUAAUAAUACGAUUCCAAACUUUUUACAAGGAAGUGGAAAUAUAGCAUUAAACUCUGUAAAGAGGAGUCAAAGUUUGCCUGAUCUUACUCGGACGCGUGAUCUACACAUUAAUGUUCCACUCAAUUUCUCGGUUGAUUCUGCGGAGUCAAAUAAUCAUGCAGUAAAUCUACACAGUUCUGGCUCCGUAAUGAGCCGUUCGAUGAACGAAGAUAGCUCGGAAAGUGUGGAAAAUGCCUCAACUGGGAAGAAACUUCAGAAUUUAAGUUUGGUACGAUUGUUUAUGAAGCAAAAGAGUACGAGUGCGGAAGGGAUGAGUCUGACUCUGGACCAGUCUGAUUCUGUGAGUGACGGUGGUUGGCUAACCACGAACAGUAGCGACAGCGGAACUCACAAUACAAACACUCAAAUACAGAGACAUAAUAUCAAUAGCGCCUCUAAUCAUCAACAUUCUGGUAACGACUUCUCCAUUAACUGGGUCAAAGCUGAUCAAUACAACAAUGGUGGUACAGAGAGCUUUACAGAAGCGUACGACGAUGGUACGAAAAAAGCCUCGUCAUUAAAAGAGUACAACAAGGAUCCCGAGACGGAUCCAGUUGACGAAUUGAGCGAAAGCUUAACAAAAUCUCUGUCUACUUUUGACAGUGACAGAGGUACCAGAGAACACCAAGAAUAUCAUAGUAAAGUUCAUAUGAAUUCAAAGCGUGGCUCGAAAGGUGCUUGGAAAAAUUUGCCGGAAAAGAAGUAUACUAUUUCCAGGACAACUGGAAUCCAGGCAAACGCUGAAGUCGAGGAUAAUGCAGUUCAGACAUCGCUGGUCUAUCCGAUGCCUGAGGAGAAAUCUAAUAGCCAGCCAGCAGUACGCGAAACGAUAUUGAAUAAAACGCCAGUAUACGUUGUAUAUCCAAAUUAUGCUUUGCCAGACUUAUCAUUCCUUAAUUCUAAGGAUAGCACGUAUGAGAACGUUGCACUGAAGCCGCAAGGCUUCGACAAGGGUGGAACGGAUUGGAAGCGACCAGGUAGAUCCAGUAGGCCUUUCUCUUGCAACGAUAUCGAUGCACUUAAACAACGUGGAUUCUCCCAUGUCAAGGAUUGGGAGUCGUUGACGUUCCUUUUACCAAUUGAGUACAAAAAGAUUCUUCACGACGUGCCAGAGGUACCAAAAUAUGUCAGACUUUCCGACGAAGUCAAAAAACCACUGUUCUGCCUUUCUCCACCUAUGCGUCAUAGGACACGUACAUUGAGUGAAAUACUCCCUAAUAAUACUUCUUCGUCUAGUAGUACCACUACGCAACCAUCCUCCGGUUACAGAGGUUCCUCCACAAUUCUCACAGACUCGGCGAAUCAACAGGGGUCGACGAAUAACGCAACCAAUCCACUGUAUCUAUAUCGGUACGACAGCAUCAGCUCGGAAGCAAGUCUAAUGUGCCAGGAUAGUAAAUCGCAGAGACCGAGUACUCAGUCAAGAACGAACUUUCCUGCACUUCCUAAACGGUCUAUUUCUUUGCCACACGGCGAGAAAUCUACAAAUCGCUUCACCGGUCUUAGCAAAAUCCCUCCCAGGCCUCCGUUGCCCAGAAGCAUAUUGAGGAAAAACAGAGUUUCCACUAAUAAGAGGUACAGUAUGUUUGAAAUGGGAGGUGUAGAGGAGGUCGAGGAUCAAUCUUCUACGGAGACCAACAAACGGAUGUCUUUGCAAGAGCCGUACUGUAUGAAUAAUGAUAUGCAUUUAAUAAGACGUGGGAGGAUCAUAGACUCGGAGAAGGACAUCGAUGAAGUUGAAGAAAGAUAUUAUGCAGAGAGGCUGAAGGAAGCUAUUAGUCGGGGAUGCGUGGACGCAGAGAUAGAUGUCUCCGAUAACAGCGAAGACGACGUGAAACAAUUGGAGGAAUUCCUUAAACGCAGUGGGUUUUCAUCCCAAAGCAGUGACGGGGAUAGAGAUGAUCUCGAUAUUAAAUUACGGUCUUAUGUGAGAAAAUUCUUAGCUCUUAAAAUGAACAAAGACGUGUACAAGAACGUAGAUAUGUUGGAGUCCCAAAAGAAAUCUGUCAGCUUCGCUGUACACCAAAGAAGAAGAUAUUUAGACAAUAAGGCAAACGAGGUAAGCGGCACUUCUGUUGAACGGAACAAUGUCGUUUCCCCGAAUAGUGGUUUAAGCGAGAUUCGAAGCGAAUCAAGGACGAUUGACUUGGAUGAAAAGAAAAAGAUGAUGAAGAGUACUGGUAAAGCAGUUGAUCUGUUAUUAAAGUAUUGGAACAGUGAACCUAUACAAAGUCGACAAGGCUACAACGAUAAGAACGAGUGCUCGCAGAUUUGUCUCAGUAAUUUAUGCCCGUCUCUCUACGCUAUUAUGUCCGAUGGACUGAAACCGCAUUUGAAUUCAACGUUUGGACCGAUAACGAACAGCGUCUGGCAAGUGGUUGAAGCUUCUUCUCAACAAGGUCCCCUCACCAAAACCUUAAACGAAUUGGUGCAGAAGAUCAACGGGGAAGACUUCAUAACCGAAGGAAUGCUCAAAUUCCACGCAUUCGUUUUCGGUCUUUUGAAUCUACGGGCAUUGGACGCGUGGUUUGCUUACCUUUGUACUCGUGAAUCGAUCCUAAGGAAGCAUUACACCGGCAGCAGCCUCUUUGUCGAUGCCUUGAGUAGUUCUACCGCCCGAGAAGUUGUCGAAACCUUUUUGGAAAUCCUGCAGCCUCUCUCUUCAUGCCCAUUCCAGCUGGAUCUUCUCUAUCAGUAUAGGCAACUUCACAAUAGUUUUGGAAAUACGAUCAACACCACCGUCCUCAGGAAUGCCGAAUCGCCCCUGGAACAACACAGUCACGUACCCACGGAAGGUCGAACGGAUACUAACGCAAGUCCGAAGAAGAUUCGACCGCGUUCCUACGUGGCUCCUACCUAUGACCAUAAACAAAUCGGUGUACACAAAAACGACCUGGAUAACCUAACCAAGAAGCGUUGGAGUCACCUUGGAGUCGGUUCAAAAGUGUUCCAAGCUCUUGAUAAAGUAGCAUCCGAAGAUUCCGAAGAAUACACGGACAGUUUGGAACACUCACCAUUGAACAGAGCUUCAUCGAGGAAGGCUGCAGCCACGAGAAUGCGCAGCCCAGACAUCAAGGCUGAAGAUGAAGACUCGAUCCCGGCUGAGUUUAAAUUCAAGAAACUCCAUGAAAAGUGGGAACUCAUGAUCAGCAAUGAAGAACAGGCCGCUGCUCCUGCACCUCCAUCUCCAAACAGGACUCCGACGAGCAUAGGGAAAUCCAAAAUACCUCGGCUGUUGCCGUCUCCAACGAAACAGCCUUGCAAUCUACCAUUGGGGACCGGCAAGAGUGUAAAGUCUCCUGUAUCCGGAAUUCCUACACCAAAGAAAGUUCCGGCUAUCCCAACAGCAAAGGGCGUGACGAAGAAACCAGAUCUUCGAGGAAAGGACACGUCGGGACGUACGAGUAGGGUCGAUCAGGACACUGUAGGUGUCACGAGGAAUCAUCUAAUGAGGCCGAGUUCGUUGCCCUAUAAAUCACAUGGGGUCACUGCAAAAGAGAAGAAUACUAUAUCACCUCAUCGCAGAGCUGCCUCUACGUCUCUACCAAGGCCAACUUCUAUGGGGGCUGCUAGACACCCACCAAAACCUGCGCCAAAGGAAGUCCGUACACUUACUCACCGAUUACCCUCGGACAAUGGUCACUUGUCCUUCGGGGAAGGGGAAAAGUUGAAAGUAAUACUCGAGGUGGAUAAGAAAUGGCUGCUGUGUGCGAAAGGCGAGAGGAAGGGACUGGUACCGCGCGAUUGCGUCGUACCUGUACAGACCUAACCCACGGCAUGACGUUACGUACCUCAAUUUAGACUACGUAACAUUGAAUUGACACAGGACGGAAAAGGAAACCUGGAGUAAACAAAUGAAGGAACACGCGCGAAAGCCUGAAGUACGUGUACAGUGUAUUAAAAAGGGAACGUUGACGAAAUAUGCGCAUCAAGGAUAAUACCCCGUUCGACGCUACGCGUCUCGGUCGCAUUACGCAGAAGAGAAAGAUGGAACUAUUAAAUGCUUCGUUUAUAUCAAGUGCGAUAGUAUUAUUAUUAAUGUCACUGGUAAGAAAGUAGAAAUACCGCUAGUCAUAGGCUUUCGAACCAGAUUGUAUUUAAUUAUUUGAACAUAUACUUAUUUAUAAUCCGAAUGUACAUAUAUACAGUAACGACGCUGGCUAAAGUAAGGAUGAUAAUGAUGACUAGUAAUAACUUAUAUGACAUUAUAUUUGUAACUGUGAUCAUAGCGGAUAGGCGAAUAACUUUACCGAGGCGAAGCUGCAUCAGACUCCUUGUUCGAAAUCCGAUUCUUCGAAUGGUUUUAUCUUGCAAUGCUGAUACCUGCUCGAGAUAUGUCGUACGCGCAAAUUCUGUUUUUCGUUUCAUCUGGAUGUAUAAAUCACUACAUUGGGAGCUUGUGAUUCGUGAUAACCACAUUUUUUACUUGCUUUAUGUAUUAUUUAAUAUGUGAAUGCAUAAAGUAUAAUCGAAUAAAACUCAUAAGUACAA